AUGUCUUCUCACAAGACUUUCAGUAUCAAGAGAUUCCUGGCCAAGAAACAAAAGCAGAAUUGUCCCAUUCCCCAGUGGAUUCGAAUGAAAACUAGUAAUAAAAUCAGGUACAACUCCAAGAGAAGACAUUGGAGAAGAACCAAGCUGGGUUUAUAAGGAGCCUCACAUAUGAAGUGGU